GCCUUUUCCUAUUUGUUGACAUCAUUGGUCUCUUGACAUUUUGAAUCCUGACGUAUGAUCUGACGUCUAAUGUCUAAUUAAAAACCAUGGCGGCGACUGCUCAAGUUCGUGGAAUAUCCAGAGUUUUGGAAAAAUUAGAAAAAUCCGUUAAGGAUGGAAACUUUUACGAGGCUCACCAGAUGUACAGAACAUUAUAUUUCAGGUAUUUGGGACAGAAAAAAUACAAGGAAUUAAAGGACAUGCUAUAUAACGGAGCUCUGCUGUUCCUAGAACAUGACCAGCAACUCAGUGGCGCAGAUCUGGCAAUUUUGUUAGUGGACGUGUUAGAAAAAUCGGAAGAGAAUGAUUACGUGACGUGGGCCUCAAAAUUAUCGAAAGUAUUCGGUAGAUUGAGUUCAUUAACUCCAGAAAGGGACACAUUCCUAGCACACGCCAUACGUUGGUCUUCUAAAGGUUCCACACAUGGCCAUCCUGUCUUUCAUAGGAGUAUAGCGUUGGUGUACUGGGAAGAAAAAAACUAUGCACAAGCACGCCACCAUUUCAUCUAUUCUCAAGAUGGAAAAAGUUGUGCAAAAUUGCUGAUUGAGUUCCACAUGAAGCAAGGCUUCAAGGGUGAAGCAGACCUGUUCAUCGCUCAAGCCGUCCUCCAAUACCUGUGCCUGAAAAAUAAAAAUACUGCUAAUCAGACCUUCACUAGCUAUACAGAGCAGCAUCCAAGAAUUAGAAGAACUAGUCCGCCUUAUUUGUUCCCGUUGUUGAACUUCAUAUGGUUCCUUUUGAAGGCUAUUGAGAGCCAAAAACUUCAGACAUUUGCAGUGCUGUGUGAACAAUAUGAACCUAGCAUCAAGAGGGAUCCAUGCUAUAUCCAGUACCUGGACAAGAUAGGACAAAUCUUUUUUGGUCUUCAACCUCCAAGACAAGAGAGAAGUGGAGGUCUUUUUGGCAAUAUCUUUGAGAGCUUCCUGGGCAGUCUUGAAGAUGAUAGCGACGACGAGCCUGUCCACCAGCAAAGAUCAACUGCUUCUCAUCAAACGCCUUCCACGUCAACGUCCAGUAGACAAAGCGCUACGGAGCGACUGGUAGAAAAUCAAGACCUAGAUUAAUCAAAAACCCACAGUCGAAGAUUGUGCGGAUAUUGUGAUUGUGUCUCAACCAGAUACACAGUAACAGCCAUUGGGGGGUAUUUAUUUCUGUUGAAGUGUUGGUGAUGACUGUCAUAGAAAAUAAGGAAUGUCAUUGGGAUUAAGAGUGAAACUUGUGAGGCUUUUGUGUUUUAAUAUUGGUGAACUGUAUUGUAUAAUGAAAGUCUGUUCUUUGGCUGAAUAUUAUUUGGUUGUGUCGCGUGGUUAUAAUGAUAAUUCAUUGAAAUCAGUUAUGUUGUGAGCUGAAUCCAACUUCUGAAAAAAUUGAAAAAUGCAAUUGUGACAGAUUUUUGAACGACUUUGUAACUAAAAUCCGGUGGUAUUUCAAAGUCUUACAAACUUAUAGGUUAUGGGCCCAUACAUACAAGAUCAAUGAACAUUUUCUCGUUUUGGUUAUCGUUACCACUUUCGUGUCUAUUUCCUUAAAUGUAGAAAGUAAGCAAUACUAACCUCAUAAAAUGAGUUAUAUCAUUCCUGCAGUGGAGCCUAUAUACCAGAAGAAACUAUGGUAGUGCUGUUCGUGCUGUAAAAGCGAGCAGGGAACUUGAUGCUUGAAGUACCAAUAGUGCUUUCGCAGGGUUGCCAUGUUUCCCUAAAUUUUGUAGAUUUUUACUCGAGGAAUUUUUGGGGAUAUAAUGUUCUGGGUAAAUCACGUUUCGCGGACAGAAAGCACCUCCCGCUCUUUGAAUCUAACCUACCCCUUUCGAUUAAUCAAUUUUGAUUUGGGCGAUUUUUAUUUUUGAAAAAGAAUGGAAGCAGGAUUCAUUGUGCUUGUUCUGAGGAAAUUCUGUACCACCCAUCUGGCAACGCUGCGCUUUGAUAGAUUCGACAUAUGAAUACUUUCCUAAUGCUGUAAGAUAUGUCCAGUUGAAUUUGUUGACAACCCUGGCCAGGAGGGGUAUUACGUAACUUGGGAAGUUUUUUUCAUAUCGUAUAGGUUUUUUAUGAUAUGUAGGUUUUCUGUAUGUAGCUGUUCGCUUCAUGCUCGCUGGCAGCAGGCGCGGAAUGAACUAUUAGACACUACCAGCUGUCGAGUCAACAAGUUGACAUUUUAUCGUUUUUUUAGGUCAUAACCCUGUCCUUCCUAAGGGCCGUAUCUUCAGUCGUUCCUACAAACGUAGGACGCCUUUAUGGCAUCCUUGAUGUUCAUAGUUUAUCUACUGCUGUUUUUGAUUUAUAUCACUUGUUUUAUUAGUCUGAAAUUUCCUACAAUUCAAAAAGAAAACAGCCUGACAUGGAACAGUAGGCAUCUAGAAAUGCCCCAGCCUUUCUGAGGAAGAGAAAAUACUAUGAAAAUCAAGGAGGCUAUAAAGAGAAUUGUAGGUCGCCUUUACGGCCUCCUUGAUUUUCAUAGCUUCAGCACUCUCCUAUUGUAAGGCUACGUUUUCCUUUUGAAUUGUAUGAAAUUUCAGGCUAUAUAACGGAUGAUAUAAAUCAAAAGCAUGAACAAUUUGAAGCAAAUAGAUAUUUGUGACAUAACCUCAAACUAGAGCUCGGGCACGGAACAGUGGAAAACUAUGAAAAUCAAGGAGGCCAUAAAGGCGACUGACGAUACGGCCCUAAGGUAUAUAGGCUCCAUGGUUUCCUGCAUUUGAUAUAAGAAUUGCUAUGCAUGAAAAUAACUAAAAAAAUUGAGGCGGAUUCAACCAAAGCUUGAAUAUGGUAUGUCCACGUGGUUUUUGUAACUAUGAAGAAUGCGAAUGGUAAUUCUGAGUAAUCGACUGGAAUGAUAAUCAAUCUAUCCAUAUGUAAUUAUGUAUAUACAAUCAAAAAAAAUCUAGUAUCAUGUAAACUUUUAUUUAUGUAUGAACCCCCUCAAGAAAGCUCAGCUUCAAUGUACGUAUUUUUUUUCCAUAUUACUACUUCCAAAUUUGUGGAUAUAAUCUACUAUAAUGUGUAUUGAAAGUUUGUACAUAGGAAAGUAUAUUUUUGCAAGACCCUUACUCACACUUGAUCCUUGCAUGUUGGCAUAUUUUUAUCAAUAAAGGAUUAAAUCUCUAGUCACACUGAAAGCACAUCCUAGUUGUGAUGGUUAACUAAUGGUAUUUUGAUAUAAUGUCACCUGUAUUUAAUGGAAUUUUUUGUUUAAUCCUCUUCACUUUUUCAGAAAGUUGGUCAAUUGUUUCUUUAAUCAUAACCUACAGCAAGAGCAAUUGUUGAUGCGUAUUUUGGGUUUGACUGUGUAAUUAUUGAAUAUAUACAUACUGAGGUUUUGCCUUUAUUACUUAAUCUUUUUCCUGUAUUUUUAAAUAAAUAUUAUUAAUUACUUUUAUUUUGUUUUUCCUUCAGGACAGCAAAGUGAUGAUAUAGGCACUUUAUUUCCUUGAUGACAAAAAUCACAUAUCUGUGACUCAGUUUAUUGUUAUUACAUGAAUUUACAUUUUUGACAAGUGAAUAAACGCUAUUUCAUAACAAAAAGCCUUUGCAUCCAGUUCCUGAAAAUCGCACAAAACUUAGGGCCGUAUCGUCAGUCAAAAUUGUAGGACGCCUUUAUGGCCUCCUUGAUUUUCUACUGUUUCUCUCUAUUUUAAGGUUAUGUUAAAAAUAUCUAUUUGCAUCAAAUUGUUCAUGUUCAUGCUUUUAAUUUACAUCAUCAGUCGUAUCAGCCUGAAAUUAUCUACAUUUCAAAAAGGAAACAGCCUCACAUUAGGAAGGUGCUGACGCUGACAGGCAACAGUAGAAAUCUAGAAAUACACCAGCCUUUCUGAAGGAGAAACAAUAUUAUGAAAAUCAAGGAGGCCAUAAAGGCGAAGGCGUGCUACAAUAAUUGUAAGAAGUAAGAAGGUCUGACGAUCACAAAAC